AUGCAGUUGUAUGUUUCUAUUAAUAAAUGGCUCAUCUCGAUUGUUUUACAAUGUUCCCUGGUCAUCAAACUUGCAUCAAGUCAAGGUAUAUCGUGCUUUCAAUGCAUGACCACAGAUCCUAAUAAUGAUUCAUGUCAAGAUCCGUUUUCUUCACUACUGAAUCCAAUUCAAACAAAUUGUCAAGCUACAUCGGUAGGUAAAAAUGGUACAUUUCCUGCCCGAUUCUGUGUGAAAAUUGUUGGCCGUGUUACAAGUGUUGAUAGCGAUGCUAAUGCCUCGUACUUGAAUGCGAUUAUCUACUAUCGUUCAUGUUUAGUUGACAAUAUUAUGGAUUCGACGAAAGCUCUAGAAUCAUCUGGCAACUUUCGUCUGAAAGGUUUUCAAUCUAUGACUGGAUCGAUACGAUUACAAGGUUACAUGGGACUGUGUUCAAUCGAUGGUUGUAAUCGCGCACGAGAAUUUACUUCAUCACUGUCAGUAAUCAUCUUUGUUUUGUUCUUUAUGAAGUUUAUCAGUGCUUUUGAAUACUAA